GGCACCGGCCGGGGCAGCCAGGCCUCGCUGUCGUCCAGGUUCUCGCUGCUCCAGCGGCUGACGCUCAUACACUGGAAGUCUCAGGUGCAGCCCGUGUUGAAGCUGGUGAGUGCGUGCUGCCCCCGGCUGACCUUCCUGAAGCUUUCAGACUGCCACGGUGUGACCACGGACACGCUGCUCAUGCUGGCCAAGUCCUGCCGGCAGCUCCACAGCCUGGACCUCCAGCAUUCCAUGGUGGACUCCACAGCGGUGGUGAGCUUUCUGGAGGCAGUGGGACCCCGAAUGCGCAAGCUGUGGCUGACCUACAGCUCCCAGACAACAGCUAUUGUGGGCGCGCUGCUGGGCAGCUGCUGUCCCCAACUCCACGUCCUGGAGGUGAGCGCCGGCAUCAACCGCAACAGUACUCCGCUGCAGCUGCCGGUGGAGGCUCUGCAGAAAGCCUGCCCCCAGCUGCAGGUGCUCCGGCUGCUAAACCUGAUGUGGAUGCCCAAGCCUUCGGGGCGCAGGCCGGCUCUGGGUCCAGGCUUCCCCUGCCUAGAGGAGCUCUGCCUUGCUGGUUCUACCUGUGCCUUUGUGAGCAAUGAGGUCCUGGGCCGGCUGCUCCAUGGCUCUCCCAGUCUGCGCCUCCUUGAUCUUCGAGGCUGUGACCGGAUCACGCCUGAGGGCCUGCGUGACCUCCCGUGUCAGGAGCUGGAGCAGCUGCACCUGGGCCUGUACGGCAUGUCAGACCGGCUGACUGUGGCCAAGGAGGGCAGCCCUCUGUUGACCCAGAAAUGGUAUCACAGUCUCCGAGAACUGGACUUGAGUGGCCAGGGGUUCGGUGAGAGAGACCUGGAGCAGGCGCUGGCUGCUUUCUCUGGCGCCCCUGCGCUCCCGGCCCUGAGCCGCCUCAACCUCAGGGGGACCCGCGUCACCCCCGGCAUGGUCAGCUCUGUGAUCAGCAGCUGCCCUGGCCUGUUGUAUCUCAACCUGGAGUCCUGCCGGUGCCUCCCGAGGGGCCUGAAGCGUGUCUACCGGGGCCUGGACGAAGUCCAGUGGUGUCUGGAACAGCUGCUCGCCAGCCCCCUCUCUGCUAGCUAGCUUGGCCCAGGCUUCUGAUAGACCUCCCUGUGUCCUUCCCUGUUUUCCAUAUUUGAGCGCUUUGUUACAAUAAAAUGUUUCUAGGACU